AUGGGCUUUCUAGACGACUAUUCGGAUUCCGAUGGCCUUGCACCACCUCCACCAAACAUACCGUCAAGAUUCCCCCGUCAGAAAGUGACCCGAGAAACCGAUGUGCAAGUGCUGGGCAGAGCCAGAGGCUCAGAGAAAAUAACACCUACUGCAGAGAGUCAGAACCCACGCAGCAAGCAAUAUGGGCCCGUCAAGAACCCGAAGGCUGCUGCACCAGCUGGACAAUUCAGCGCCGGCUCGCAUGAUCCCAAUGUAUACUGGCUCUACGGUUUCCAGGGCAAGGUCAAGUUCAACAUCAAGAAGGACAAUGACUUCAACAACGCCGUUCGACGCCUUCUUUCCGCGGAUCCGAACGAGAGUGAGCCAGAGUACUUCCUCAUGCGUAUCGACACGCGUUUUGGCCGAGGCAACGCCGCAAAAGGCAUUGUCAAGCGUCAGCUGCCGCCCCUAGAAUGGCCAGGAAACCCUUUUGCCGGUUUCCACGAGGAGGAUUUCCGUACGUUCCUGGAAGGCAAUGACCUCCCGCCCGAAUAUGCGGGGAGAAACAAGGUCUGGCCGUUCGUCUGCCGCCGUCGAACCGAGCAAUACACUGCAUUCACAGCUGACGCGGCGUGUCCCAGUGGCAAGGGCGUUUGGAACUUCCUCAAUAGCCGGCGACAAGCGCCAGAGCCAGCUGAGCAUGAGCUACUGCACAACAUCACCUCCUUGGGCAGCAAGAGCGGUGUUGCCUAUCUGGCAGCUCCCAAAGCAGCGUUUGCCCCCUUUCACGACAUUGACAUGAAUCUCUACCGCCCAUACUGGCACGAGGCACUCAAAGUCAUCGAAGACUUUAACUCCGAAGCCACCGCCACCGACGUCAACUUGCUCUGCAUGUACUUUAUGGAUGAAUACGGGAAACUCAGUACCUUUGGUCGCCACGGCUUGAUCAGCAGUCUCAACGUUCCGUCGCCAUCGGAUCUCUCUCUGUUCCGACGCUACUUGCGAGACAAAGCGCCACCAAACGAUUCUACAGAUCCUUCUCUGCGAAUGGUGUGCACUGGGAGUCAAGGCUUGGUCGUCCUGCCAGGGCUUUAUCCGGCACCUCAAGAGGGAGAAGCGAGAUUGCCCUUGAGAUCGACCUUUGGCACCAGAAGCAAGACUGAGCAGCUUCUCGAGGUCGCCAAGCGCAUUGCAUCAACGACAGACGUUUUGGAAUCAACGUUUGGACACGUGGGAGAAGAAGACGGUGCUUACAUCGACUUCCUACUUCUGCCGCCUCAGGCCUGUACUGACCCUGAGUGGCUGAAGACAGAGAGUAUGGGAUACUCCAGGGAGAUUUUCUCCACGCAAGUCAUUAUCUCAGCUGCAGGUUUAUUGCAGGAUCAGACAGAGUGGUGGCUCCGUGUCGAAGACAUCGUCAAAAAGGCAGAGGAUGCUCGGGGCCCUCUCAUCCUAUAUCCUUUUUGGCCGACGAACCAGCAGGGCCGUAUCCUGGCGCGUUAUGAUUUUGGCAACAUGCCAGAUCCUUCCGUGACAAUGUCCUGGCCCGUCGGCGAAUGCUACCAUGUCGAGCUGCCCUGGCUGGGACACUCGAUCAGCAACCUUUGGAAGUUGGCCGGCGGAGUUUACAGUGGCCUCGAAGGUUAUAGUCUGAAGAUCAGCUGCCGAAUUCUGAAUCCAGCAGAGGAAGGAUGGCUCGAGGCUGGCGUAGCCCCUCUGGCGUACUAUAUCCAUCCGGCGACAACCGAAGAGGAGUGGUUCAACGUUCGGCUGAGGCUUCCGAAGCGUACUGCUGUCAUGACGCGCGUACCGACCGACGAGGCGAUGGCAUACUCCCUGCCAGAGAAGAGCACUGUUUGGGGUCCACGCUACGGGAGGCAGCUGACUUGUCUUGUCCGCGCUCGCCACACUGCCGCUUCGACCGAUGUCGCAUCAUGGCAGGAGAGGGCCUUUAGUACUUUGGAAACGGCCGAAGACAGCAAGUACAUCAGAGAAGCUCUGGAGGUCCUUUGGUCUGUGCCUGACAUGGUUGCAACCGCCAAAGCCCGUGAGGCGGGUAUGCCACGACGGCCGCAUCGGCCGCUUUACACAUUCAGAAGGGUCAAGCCCGAGGAGGCUCCCAUCACGCCCAGAAAGAGCGAGCGCUUCGUAGCACCGAAAGACACGUGGUUGCACCUUGCUGAUAUUGGCGACGGUUGCACCGAGUAUAUUGGUCGCGGCUACUGGUGCGUUCUCGACGAUGCCAAAGAGGAAUGGCUUUUCCUCCCCUGGGCGCAUUUCCCUCAAGAGUGGCCCAAUCGCUUCGAGCUUUCCUUGAGCGAAUGCCAGUAUCACGGCACCGGAAGAGACCCAAUCUUCAAGCCUGGUCAAUUUCGUGCUGAUAACCGACUCUUGGAACAAAGUGUUUCAACGAGAUUGGCUGAGGAUGUCGUGGUCCAGCAGACAUGCUUGAAUGAGAACCAAAAGGAAAUAUCCCGAUUCCCUGUGCACCAUUCCGUCACGCCAUCGCCAGACAAUCUUCGGACUUCCAAUGUCGCAGACGAGUCGUCUCUGCCACAAGGCAAGAGAGUGUUGAGGAAGAGGGGGAGAGCAGGUGACCGCAACUACCACCCCUCGCACAGCGACAGCUCGUUGAAUGGGGACGAAGCCGAUGAAGACGAAGACGGAGAUUCCGUGAUCGUUAGUCCUCCAUACCCUGAAGACGGCUCAACUCCGCCACAACGGAAAAGGAAGCGCAAGAUCGACGAUCCCAACUACCGGCCUGCCGCAGCCCACGACGAUGAAGAGGUCGCCGCUGUGGGUGAGCCGACCGUCACCGUCGUGGAGAGUUACAAUGCUGCACCUACUGGAAAGCAGAGAGCAAGAUCAAGCAAAGGUGCCGAGGAGCCUCUCCCCUUGCCUGACUACGAGUCAGAGGCUGAAGAAGAAGAGCCGGUCACCAAGAAACAGAGACGAAAGUCCACAACUAAAAAGGCGGAUCAACAGCAGGACAACCGUGUCGUUGGGGCGCGCAAGCCAAAGAUGGCGUCCAAAGCCAAGGCGACUCCCAAAGCUUCGCCCAGGAAGGCCACCGCCCAAGCUGUGCGCACUCCCAAGGAUGAACCUGACGAUGACUCCAUGCCGGCAAAUGGGCCCCCUCAGGUCACUGAGAAGCCCUCGACGCGCACUACAAAGGCAGCUCCAAAGAAGGCGGCUGCGAAGAAGACGACGCCGAGGAAGACGACGGGUCUCAAGGCAGCAACAUAG